CCUUUACACAUCAAAGCCUUUACUUCACGCUGACAGAUUUUUACAAAAACCCAAAACCCACCUUCUACCCUUUUAUUUACUCUUCCAACAUUUUUUACUACAAAAAAAUUACAAUUGUAGAUAGAAAACACAAAAAACAUUGUCUUUUCCCUUUCCUCUUCUUCUUCAAUCUUCAAUUGAUUACAAUCGAAGAAUCUCAAUUCCGUAGCAAAAAUGUAUUUAUCAUCAGAGAAGCCGCGCCCAAUCGAUUUCUACAAAGAAGAAGCACGCGACAUGAUGAUGGAAGUAGUAACCAACACCGAUCUUCAGCCACCACCACCUCCACCGUCGCAACACCACCACCACCUUCAACAACAACAACCGCAAAUGAUUCUCACCGCCGAGAGCAGCGGCGACGAUCCUGAGAUGGAGAUCAAAGCUCCAAAGAAACGCGCGGAAACCUGGGUUCAAGACGAGACACGAAGCCUCAUUGGUCUACGACGCGAGAUGGAUUCAUUAUUCAACACUUCGAAGUCGAAUAAGCAUCUUUGGGAACAGAUUUCAGCGAAGAUGAGAGAAAAGGGUUUUGAUCGGUCACCGACUAUGUGUACUGAUAAAUGGAGGAAUCUUUUGAAAGAGUUUAAGAAAGCAAAGCAUCAUGAUCGAGGUGGUGGAAGUGGUUCUGGUGGGAAAAUGAGUUGUUACAAAGAGAUUGAUGAGAUCUUAAGAGAGAGAAGUAAGUGUGGACAAUAUAAGAAUGUUGUUACACCUACUUCUAAAGUUGAAUCUUCUUACAUGCAAUUUGAUAAAGGUAUUGAUGAUGCCAACAUUUCUUUUGGGCCCGUUGAAGCUUCUGGAAGACCAACGCUCAAUCUUGAGAGAAGUUUGGAUCAUGACGGGCAUCCUCUUGCCAUUGCCGCAGCAGAUGUAGCAGCAAGUGGAGUCCCUCCUUGGAAUUGGAGAGAAACUCCCGGAAAUGGCGGAGAAAGUCAGUCUUGCUGUGGAAGGGUUAUAUCAGUCAAAUGGGGUGACUAUACAAGACGAAUAGGUAUUGAUGGCACUCCGGAAGCCAUCAAGGAGGCAAUUAGGGCCGCUUUUAGGUUGAGAACUAAACGCGCUUUUUGGUUGGAGGAUGAGGAACAGAUUAUCAGAAGUAUUGACCGUGAUAUGCCUAUUGGAAAUUACACUCUUCACCUUGAUGAAGGAAUGGCCAUCAAAGUAUGCCUAUAUGAUGAGUCUGACCAUAUCCCUGUGCAUACUGAAGAGAAGAUAUUUUAUACGGAGGAUGAUUACCGUGAUUUUCUGGCACGUCGAGCUUGGACAGGUCUAAGAGAAUUUGAUGGUUAUAGAAAUAUUGACAAUAUGGAUGAUCUUCGGCCCGGUGCUAUAUACCGAGGCGUGAGUUGAGGGCAGGUGCAUGGUAUGAACAAUCUUCAAAUAUUUGCAUCAAAUGUCUAGAGAAGUGGAGGGAACUGUGAGGAUCUUUGACAAUAUAUAUGUGCAGCAUUAACCUGAAACUGUAUUUGUUUAGUUUGAUAAUGCUGUUUAUAAAUUAGUCUAUAAUAGGAUAAUGAACAAGUUCUUUUGCCUUGUGUAAAUAUGCAUUGACAGUGAGAAAAAGAAUUAUUGUCAAUAUAUUCUAUGGGAUAAUUUUCAAUUGUUA